AUGGACGAGGGAGAAAUAUUCAGUUGCAUUUGGACCAUAACUGGUCCUGUAACUGAGCAGAGUAAGAAAGGUGAAAUUUCAUUUGAUGCUGGAAUGCUGCAGAUUAGUCUAAAUACAGAGGUGAAAGCGUCUCAUAACAAGGAUCUGCAAGUUCAGUCUGCAACAUGCAGAUCUUCUGAUUAUGCCGGAGCAGAAAUGACCAUUAAGGAAGUGGAAACUAUCUCUACUGCUCCCUCCGAUGUGAAGGUUGCUGAAGGACAUGGAAACUCUAGUCAAAGUAAGAAGAAAAAAACAAAAAAGAAAGAGGUUUCCGCUUAUAUUAAUGAUGUUUCAUGUGCCCCUUCAGAGAUGAUUGAUCCUCCUGCUAAUCAUUCUGUUCAAGGGUCUAAUCAAGAUAAAAAUGCAUUGUCUGCCAGCAAAAGAGAGGGGGCAUCAGAACAAGAGUCUAAGAGUGCCUGUGCUGCAGGUUCUCAUCAACAAGCUGAGAAGGUAACCUGCACUAAGAAAGAGCUUCUGCCCAUUGAGGAAAAGGGAAAUGAGGCUCAGCAUUUGCUGCUUAACCAGACUGAUAAAAAUCGGGGAACUGUGAGCAUUGUAGAAAAGAGACUGAAAACAAAAACCAAAAAGAGCCAAAGUUCUAAGAAGAGCAAAUCCAUUUUGACUAUUCAAGACCAAGAAGUCAGUCACAAAGAAUUAGCAGCUUUACAUGAUAAUCUGAGAGAUGUGAACCCUCUGCCAGAGCCAAUGGAGAUGGACGAGUCAGGUAAAAAUAGUCAUGUUGAUCAGUUGGCUUUUACCAAGUUGGAAAAUCUGAUAAAUUCUGGUAUUGAUUCUAACUCGGAGAGUUCUAGGAAAGAUGUCAGAAAUGCUGACUCGUUUCGAGUACCAUCUCAUACUUUAGCUAAGGGUACAGUACAGGAGAUGCAUGAACCCGACAUGAAUACUGAUAAGAGCGAGGGCAUAAACUUCAAGCAAUAUUUUCUUCCUGGCCAACAUGGAGAAGUUGCAUCAAAGAAAUCAACAAAGUCAAACAGAGAAACAAAAGCUGGCAGAAAAUUGAAGGAUGGUAUGACUUCUAAAGGAACUUCAGAAGAUAUCUUGAACUCGAGAAUUGAGGUGGCACUUCCGAGUCGCUCAAGUGCUCAGGGAGAUAAAACUCUUGAUGAAGCUGGAAAGCUUGCAACUUUUGAUGCUCCUGCUUACAUGAAGAAAAGUGAAGAAUCUAUGGACGAAUCUACGUCCAGCUCUAGCUCAAAAGGUUCUGACAGAUUCCCCGAGGACAAUAGACGGCAAACAGGUUCAGAAAUCCAAAGUUUGGCUACCAGAAAUACAAAAACGAGAACCGGAGACAUUGAGGAUCUUACACAACCUAAGAAAGGAUUGCUUCCUACACCAGGGCCGAAAUUUGUGGAUAGUAGAUCGAGAAGGUCUGACAGUAAGGGUGGUGGAAAAUCUGAUUCUUCGACUGAGACUCCAUCGGAUUAUUCAUCUUCUUCUGGCGACUCAGCUGAAGGAAGUGAAAUAAGUCAGGCUUCAACUCCAACUGGAGCUAAUGUUGCAAAACACAAUGAUGCUGGUGCAAAGCAUAAGGCCAAAUCAAAUGAAUAUUCCAACAGCUUUUUAGGUGAUGACAUAAGCAUGGAUGUGAUUCUGAGAAGCUCUAGCCGUUUCAAGAAGGCUAAGGUUAUGGCUGCUCAAUGUCAAGAUGAAGAAAGUCAGCCUGUUGAUGUUGUCCCUGAUAGUCUAGCAGACACUCAGAAUCAGUAACUCUCUUCUCUUUGGUUGCUAGUGAAAUCCCCAAUUUUUGGUACACAAUCAUCUCUCCCCAGCACCCUCCACCUUUUCUUAAUCGUCUUGUCACCUGGGGCUUCUCCAAAGCAAUAAGAAAAUGAAAAAGAACAAGGAGAAAAAUGUUUCUUGCCUGCAUGUAUUUACGUAUUAUGAUUAAAGGUUACUCAGGAGUAGAGUGUGCACAGAUUUAUAUCCCAUGCACAUUACGUGAUUUUGGUUCUCUAAUAUUGAAAUUUUAUCUGGUCUUGA